UCUUCUGUGAUCAUCAAUUUUCAUAUUAUAUAAAUUCAUACUGAAGUAUCAAAAAAUCAUUCCAUCAGUUGUGUAAAUCCUACAUACAUCAUGAAGGUAAUUUUAGCUGUUAUAUCAGUACUUUUUGCCUUCGUGGCUCUUCAAGUUUCAGCAGCUACUAGAUUUGGAAGUGAAAUUAAUCGCUUCAGCAACAAUUACGAUGAAAGUCGUCGUAGUGUAAGCCAAGAAUUAUUUGAAGUCGAUAAUCAGUUUAACAACAAUAACUACAACAACUACCACAACUACCACAACUACCACAACACCAACAACGAUGACAAAAAUCAUUACAACGAUUAUGAAAAUAACUUCAAGAACUUGGACGAACUUGUCUUCCAAGAAGAAUUUAACUACAACAACAACAAAAAUGUACACAAUGCCAAUUUAUACUACAACAUGAACGUUUAUGACUCAUCUGCUACACUUGGAAACGCCGUAACAGAAAAGAUCGCCGCAUUAGAAAGAAUAGUAAGCAAGUACUCUGAAAUGAGUGACUUACAAGAACCAUUAUACAUUAAGAACGUCGCCGUUAAGUCUACCAAACACAAUUCCGUCAACUUCUACAACACUCAAUUGAAAAACCUGAAUGACGGUGACUUGAUGUACAUGUUCAUCAAGCCCGAAUUCGAUACUGUAUUUGUAGAGUACCAAUUUGACCAAUUAAGAGCCAAAGGUGCCUUCAAAUCCGAUUUGCCCCAAAGCAAUUAUGGUGCAUUCACUGUAGACUUAAACAAAGUCCGUAGUAAUGUCACCGCUGGUUUCACUGUUGGCCAAUACAGAUUCAAGCCUGCCACUUUUGAAUACGCCGAAUCUACCGUAGUAAAUGAACAAAACCGUGAAACUACUGCUUUUGAUAGUGCCAUCAAGAAAAAUCUUGUCUGGGAACUUCAAAAUGCCGUGUCUGCUGAAGUAUACAACUCUACUCACAAGGGAAUAAUCUCCCAACUUAAAGCUGAAAUCACCACACCUCUCUACUCCCUCAACAACGGCCAACAAGCUAAAUUAUACGACAUGAAGUGGACCGAAGAUGAUUUUACUAUCGAACUUAAAAGUAUUGGAACCAGAUACAUGGACCAAGCUAACCAAAAAAUUGAAUUAAUGUCUUUCACUCGCAAGAAUAUUAACACAUACAAAACCCGUUAUACCAUUCAUCUUGACCAACUUCAAUGGAAUGGAGACUUGAUUGUCAAUGCCAACGGUCAACGUACCAUUGCCCAAUCCAUUGAUUUCAGCAUCAAGAACGUUAAAAUCCAAGUUAUCGUUACCAAGAACGAACACCAACGUUGUGGCACAUAUUACACUAAGGUCGAAAUCCCAAGCGUACAAUACAGAUUAAACGAAAAUUGGGCCACUACACUCCAAUCACAAGUAGAACAAAAAUUGCCACACUUUAUCCAACACUCAUUGGAAGCUUACAUGCAAAAAUCUCUCGAACAACGUUUAUGCAAUGAACAAUAUUAAAUUAUUUUGAUACAAAUUUUACAAUUAAAAAUUUAAUUUUCUAAAACCAUUUAAUUUAAAAUUAUUAAAUCAUAUAAAAUUCAGUUUAAUGAAUUUUGUUAAUAUCUGUAAAUGAAAUAAGAAACUUUUUUUUUUAUUUUAUUAUUAGAAUCAAUAACAAACAUUUUUAUACCUAGAUAUUUAAUCAAUAAAACUUACUCAAUAUAAAUUGUAUGCACAUGCGAAA